AACCCGUUAAAAGAGCACAACGGUCCGUUUCCUUUAUUCUUCCGUCUAAAGAUGGCGGAGUAUGCAACCCUAGUUCGAAGGGCUUUGGGGCAACUAGGAGGUCAUGGUGGAGUCCGAGGUUUUUUCCUUCAGUUAUUCAGGGCGAAUGAUGUGAAGACAGGAACCCUGGUUGGUGUGGACAAAUACGGAAACAAAUACUAUGAGGACAAGAAGCACUACUUCUUUGGACGUCAUCGCUGGGUGAUCUACACCACAGAGAUGAAUGGAAAGAAAACUUUGUGGGACGUGGAUGGCAGCAUGGUGCCACCUGAGUGGCAUCGCUGGCUGCACUGUAUGGCAGAUGAGCCCCCCACCACACACCCACUAGAGCCCAAGAAGUUCCUGUCUGAGAUCCACCAGUUUAACGUCAGCAGCACCCCUCAGCAGUAUGUGCCCUACCCCACCACCCGCAAGAAGAUCCAGGAGUGGGUUCCACCCAAAGCUGGAGCUCGGUGAACUCUGUAUUUUAUUUUCCAUGCUGUAAAUUAUGGUUUCCUGCCACUGUAUCAAACAAGUCCUGAAUAAAAUCUGUAUGCAGGUGUUUCUGA